AUGAGCGCGGGUGAGGAUGCUGCGUGGCUGCGGUGGGUGACGAAGCAGUUCGGGAGCAUCGCGGGGCAGGACAAGGAGAUCGACCUGGAGGGGUUCAAAACCGCGCUGCAGGUGAAGGAGUCCUUCUUUGCUGAGCGGUUCUUUGCGCUGUUUGAUUUGGAUGGGAGCGGGACCAUCAGCUUGGAGGAGCUGCUGAAAGCCCUGAGCCUACUCGUGCAUGGGAAUGAGAUGGACAAGCUGAGAUUCCUCUUCCAGGUUUACGAUGUGGAUGGCAGCGGCUCCAUUGACCCGGACGAGCUGCGCGUGGUGCUGCGCUGGUGCCUGCAGGAGAGCGCCAUAGCCCUGCCCGAGGAGCGCCUCACAGACCUCACCUUGGCCCUCUUCGAGGCCGCUGACAAGGACCACAGUGGCUCCAUCACCUUCGAGGAGCUCAGGGAGGAGCUGGAGGCUUUCCCAGAGGUCAUGGAGAACCUGACCAUCAGUGCCGCGACCUGGCUGAAGCCGCCGCCACCGGCCGAGCGCCGCCCGCGGCCGCGCUGCCUGCGCCGCGCGUUCUGGCACAACCACGGCGGGGCCCUGCGCUGCCUGUGCGGCUACGCCGGCCUCAACCUGCUGCUCUUCGCGCUGGCGGCGCCGCGCCACGCCGGGAGCCUGGCGCUGGCCCGCGGCUGCGGCCAGUGCCUCAACUUCAACUGCGCCCUGCUCGCAGUGCUGAUGCUGCGGAGGUGCCUGACGUGGCUGCGAGCCACCCCCCUGGCCAAGGUGCUGCCUCUGGACCAGCACGUCGCGUUCCACCAGCUCGUGGGGUACGUGGUGCUGGCGCUGGCAGCCGCUCACACGGGCGCCCACGUCGCCAACUUCAGCAGGCUGGCGCAGCAGGACGGGCACCCUGCCCUCGCCGAGUACCUGCUGCAGGCACGGCCGGGCGCGGGGGGCCUGUGGGGCACGGCCUCGCAGACCGGGCUGGUGCUCCAGGCGCUGCUGCUCACCAUGGCCGCCUUCUCCAGCCCCUGCGUCCGACGGAGCGGCCACUUCGAGGUCUUCUACUGGACCCACUUCUCCUACAUCUCCAUCUGGAUCCUCCUCCUCCUGCACGGCCCCCACUUCUGGAAGUGGUUCGUGGUUCCCGGCUGCCUCUUUGUGCUGGAGAAGGCGCUUGGCUUGGCCUGGCGGCGGGCCAGGGGGCUGCGCAUCGUUGAGGUCAACCUGCUCCCAUCCAAGGUCACUCACCUCGUGAUCGAGAGGCCGCAGUUCUUCCACUACAAGCCAGGUGACUACAUCUACCUGAACGUCCCGGCCAUCGCCACCUACGAGUGGCACCCCUUCACCAUCAGCAGCGCGCCCGAGCAGCAAGACACGCUGUGGCUGCACAUCAGGUCUUUGGGCCAGUGGACCAACAAGCUCUAUGAAUACUUCCAGCAGCCUGAAUCGCUCAGCACGGAGCCCAAACCCCUCAGCAGGAGCCUGCGGGAGAGGAGACCCCAGUGCCGGGCACAGGAAGGUCUCUGCAGCAGAGCUGGCUCGGAGGGGGGGUCCUUGGCCACUGAUGGGGAUGGAGCCGUUCAGCUGACAUCGUACAAAGCCACCAGUGCUGCUGCCCCGGGAGAUCAGGACCCGCCAUCAGGGGUCUCCACCGGGCUGGGGGAGACCCAUCGGCUCUGCAGCAUCAAGUGCUACAUCGAUGGCCCCUAUGGGACCCCAACCCGGAGGAUCUUCACCUCGGAGCACGCUGUCCUCAUCGGCGCCGGCAUCGGCAUCACCCCCUUCGCCUCCAUUUUGCAGAGCAUCAUGUACAGGUACCGCCGGCGAAAGCAGAGCUGCCCUAGCUGCCACUACUCGUGGUGUGAGGACCUGCAGGACGAGGAGAUGACACUCAGGAAGGUUGACUUCAUCUGGAUAAACCGGGACCAGAAGCACUUUGAGUGGUUCGUCAGCCUGCUGACCAGGCUGGAACUGGAGCAGGCUGAGCAGGAGCCGGGAGGGCGGUUUCUGGAGAUGCACAUGUACAUGACCUCGGCUCUGGGCAAGCACGACAUGAAGGGCAUCGGGCUGCAGAUGGCGCUGGACCUGCUGGCGGCCAAGGAGCAGAGGGACUCCAUCACGGGGCUGCGCACCAGGACCCAGCCCGGCCGCCCCGACUGGAGCAAGGUGUUUGGGAAGGUGGCAGAGGAGAAGAGAGGGAAGGUCCAGGUCUUCUUCUGUGGCUCACCAGCGCUUGCCAAAGUCAUCAGGGUGCACUGCGAGCGCUUCGGCUUCCCCUUCUUCAAUGAGCAUUUCUAGCAGCAGCCCUGGUCGCAGCCUGCCCUGCCAGGCUGGAUGCG